AUGGCUUCAUCGUCACGAGAUAUACCCGUUUUUGAGUCUAUGUCUCCAUUAAAUUCGUCAGAUUCAGAUGGGGAAGAUAUUUUUGAAAUCCAUCGAAAAAGGAUGAACGAUGUGAGGAUAUUAUUAUCGCCUGAUAGGGUGCGAGCAUUCUUUCAACCUCGUAAGAGAAAAUAUAUUAAACGUGAUCGAGAGGAGGCAGCACAACGGCUAUUCCGAGAUUACUUUGCUGAAAAUCCUAUUUAUCCACCAAACAUAUUUCGUAGAAGGUUUCGGAUGCGACGAGAGUUGUUUCUUCGCAUUUUGAACGGUGUUAUAACAUAUGACGAAUGGUUCAUCCAGAAACCAGAUGCCCUCGGUCCUGAUCUUUAUGACGAGUAUAUAAAGAUUUCUGAGCGCAUUGCGAUCGAAAGCUUGAAGAGGUUUUGUGAUGCUAUAAUUGUUGUGUAUGCGGAGCAGUACCAAUGCUCACCAAAUGCAGACGACAUUGCAAGUCUGCUUCGAGAAGGGGAAAAAAGAGGUUUUCCAGUUAUGCUUGGCUCUAUAGAUUGUAUGCAUUGGGAAUGGAAAAACUGCCCCGCAGCAUGGCAUGGUAUGGCACGCACACGGGGAAGAAACCAUAAACCUACCCUCAUAUUGGAGGCCGUUGUAUCGAAAAAUCUGUAG